GGUGCUGGUGGUGGCAGGUGAGGAGCGCUGCCCCGUUUACCUGUGCGUCUUGUGGUGUCCGCGGAGCCGCCGCGUGCCCGCAUGCCCAGGGCGCCAGCAUGCCGCGGCCCAGCCGGGAGAGUUACGGCGAGCAGAAGCCGCCGUACUCGUACAUCUCGCUGACCGCCAUGGCCAUCUGGAACAGCGCCGAGAAGAUGUGCACGCUGGCCGAGAUCUACAAGUUCAUCAUGGACAACUUCCCUUACUACCGCAAGAACACGCAGCGCUGGCAGAACUCCCUGCGUCACAACCUCUCCUUCAACGACUGCUUCAUCAAGAUCCCGCGCCGCCCCGACAGGCCGGGCAAGGGCGCCUACUGGACGCUGCAUCCCUCCGCCAUGAACAUGUUCGAGAACGGCAGCUUCCUGCGCCGCAGAAAGAGAUUCAAGAUCCCUAAGCCAGAGAAGGUGGCGCUGGAGGCGGGCCUGGCGCAGAUCAGUAACCCGCUGCGUCGGCUGGAGGCGUCGCGCUGCUCGGGCGAGACGCUGCUGCCCGCCGCCGCACCGCCGCCGCCCGCGCCCCGCCAACCCUUUACCGUGGAGCACCUCGCCACCUCCGAUGCCAAGCUACCGCCGCCCCCGCCGCCCUUGCCCGCCGCCCAUCUCCCACUCGGCAUCCUGCCUCACGCCCUGCCGCCGCGGCCCCUCCACUAUUUCCACCCACACGCCGAGGGCCUGCACCCGCGGCUGUCCCACCUGCCGCCCGCCCUGCUGUCAGCUGCCCACGCCGCGCCCUACCCACACCUGCCGCCCUUCACGCCCUCCUUCCACCAACUGUACGCGGCGGCGGCCAUGGCUGCGUCCCUCGCACCGGGCGGGGAUUUGUCGCACAUGGUACGGCCCUGUGGGCGCACUGGCCCCGUGGCCAUGGCCUCGCUGUCCGCCCUGGCGCCACUGGCUUCACGCUCCACGCACCUCGGGCCGCCUGGUCGUGGCCAGGCGCCGCUGUCCUCCGAUUACUCCGUGUCGCGGCUGCUGGCGUCCCCCGCCACGCCGGACAUCGACCCCGACACGGACGACGAGGACGACAUCCAGGUGGCGGAUGAGGCGGGUGAGGAGGACGUGGGGGGCGGGUCGGAGGGGGCGCAGGACAAGCGGGGUCAGGAGGCGGCCGCCCUUCCCUCCAGUGACCUUUUCCUCCGCACAUCGCCCCCGGUCCGCUCCAUCUGACGGUGACACACGUCCCCCUUGCCCCGCGCCACCCCCUCUCGCCGACCCCCGCCCUCCAGCACCACGCCCGCGUCUAAGGUCUAGUCCAGGGCCGCGGGGUCACCACGCCUCACCUCCUCCACCUCCGUCAGGUCCUGCCCGGUGUUCUCGCCUCCACCAGUGCCACGCCCCCUCGCCCACACCCUCCCCGGGCCUCAAGGAUGCCAGGGCGCCUCAUCAACAUUUCACAGUCACAUAAACAGUUGAUUUGGACUUGAAGGUUCUUAAGAUCGCCAUGAAUAAGCAAUGUUGCUGUUGUGCUCCUGAAGGAACGCACAGCGCUCCGCCGCGGCCUCUCUGACUCCAUACUGAAAUUUGACAGGAUUGGUUCUUGUGUUAGAACUUUGAAUAAUCAUAACCAAGUCCAUCACAAAAAUAUUGGUCCAUACAUUUUUGGUUUUAUAUUGAUGGCGACAUUUCAUAUCAUGAAUUGAUCUCCUUUCACUUUUCCGUGUAUAGUCUAUAUUUAUGAGUCUCCUUACUCGCCCGCACAUUUUUGUCUUCACAUUAAAAACUGAUAAUGUGACCAUUCAUACCCGGGAAAUAAGCACAUUUUCUUGCGUCUAAAUUUGCCUACUACAUUAUUACAUACUACUGUUACUGUUACUGUCACUGCUACUACUACUACUGCUACUACCAGUACUACUACUACUACUUCCAGUACUACUACUGCUAUUACUAUUACUACUACUACU